AUGCGUGGUGACAGCAACGCUGGAACUACGCUGCCCUCAUCGGACUUGCCUCGCCAGUCGGAUUAUCUCUCGCCACCUGCGUCUCGCAAUGGGUCAUGUGAUACCGCUGGAGUGUCAGUCCAUCCACGUAUGAAUAGUAAUUUGUCAGACGUCUCCAGCGGCAGGUCCGCUAUUCUUGAUGGCGACGUUGCGUCCGCUCUGAGCAUGGAAGUUCGUCGUGGUUCCUCUGCUUCGACCUUGGCGACUACGGCUGGCGUUAUGGCUGCGCAGGAGGAUCUGCAUUUGCACAAUGUGGGGGUUGCGGCUUUGGCAGCCGUGGCACAUUAUCCCCACGCUGUCAACGAAGAGAGCGGCUCUUUUAUCGUCAAUCAGGUUGUGAAUGCCGUGACUGAUGGUCCCUCGACUUUUCACCGGGGCGCUGGGAUCAGGGAAGUAGGAGGAAAUACUUCGGAACCUUCGGCUGGUAGGCUUUACUCGCCGCUUUCUGGCGCAGACAGCUUCCCAUCAGCAUCGGAGGAUUCGUCGUCGGGCUCAGAGACGAGUGAGAGUGAUGUGGAUAUGGAGAGCAACGUACAUGACUUGAUCGAGCGAACCGCAACAUGGCAGAACAUCGCGACGAUUACAGGGCAGGAUGACCAGGUUUGGAAGGAUAUGGUCAUGGACUAUGACUCUGUUCCGGAGGAGGACCACCAAUCGCCAUCGACCGCUCCGGAUGAUGAUCUGAAUGAUUUACUCCGUUUCUACCCCGACGAGGAAGACUACUACCACAAGUAUAUUGCCGGGGACUCACCGCGCGAGAAUGCAAUGCACGAUGUGAAUCUGGAUGAGUUUUACCAGACUAUCAGCUACGAACCGACGAAUCCCACUCCGCCACAAAUUCCUGCGCUAGCACCUGAGUUUCCCCCCGCAGGUCCACUUCCUGUGGACAAUCCACCAGAAGAGGAGGCUGAAUGGCAUCCUGCCUCUAUCAUUCAUACAACUACAUACGAACGAAAUCUGACCAUCGAUGAGUUUAUUCAACGCUGGAUGGUCCAUACCAAUAUUAUCCCCCAUGGUUUCCAUUCCGAGAAUAGAGUCCCUCCUCAGCUCCGUCCUCUUUCCAAAAUGAUGGGCUGGCAACAACCACUAGAAAGCCACCGCCCACGCGGGUUCCAAGGCCGUUUCUAUGAUCUACAGCAGAUGCCUUGGGCAGAAACACUGAAGGUGAAACGGUCGGAUGCUCGGGCACUCCGCGAUGCAUGGUACACUUCUUAUCACAACCUGGAUUACUCGCACAAUGUCCUCGCCGAACGACUUCCCCAGGACGAAAAUUUUUUCCAAGAAAAAUCUAUGCAUACGGCGCACAAGGCAACCAUUGAGCACUUUCAGCUGCGCAAUCUGAUGUCGGUGCCGGGAUACCACACCGUCCAUUUUGCCAGCCGAUCCAAAGUCUUCUCGUGGACACCGAACCUUGACGACAUCCGCUGCCUCAUUGAUCUAACUCGUCCGGCUCCGGAAUCAGGCUUCCUCAGUCCAGUCAAGAUUUCCAGUAUGAAAUCAGCAUACGGUCUUACCAUCGCAGGCGGGUUCUGCGGUGAGUACGCACUACGUGGGAUCAGCGGCGAGGGUUCCGGUGCAAAAGGGCUCGUCACCCCCGAUUUCAACGACGGCAUCACCAACCAUGUGGACAUCAUCCGUAACCGAUCCGGCGACUCGCCCAUCUGCGUCUUCGCCUCGAACGACCGACACCUCCGUGUCCUGGACUGCGAGACAAACAUCUUCCUCUCCGACCACGAGCUCUCCCGCCCAAUAAAUUGCACCGCAACGUCCCCAGACAGCCGACUCCGCGUCGUCAUUGGCGAUUCUCCCGACGCAUGGGUCAUCGAAGCCGACACCGGUCGUCCCGUGCACCCCCUUCGCGGUCACCGCGACUUUGGCUUCGCGUGCGCCUGGUCCCCAGACAUGCGACACAUUGCAACUAGCAACCAAGAUAAAACAGUCAUCAUCUGGGACGCACGCACCUGGCGACCCUUAGAAACGAUCGACUCCGACGUCGCCGGCUACCGCUCCCUCCGCUUCUCUCCCGUUGGUGGCGGGCCCCGCACCCUCCUCUGCGCCGAGCCCGCAGACCGCAUCUCCAUUAUCGACGCGCAGAUGUACCAAUCCCGGCAGGUCCAUGAUUUCUUCGGUGAAAUCGGCGGUGCAGACUACGCACCCGACGGUGGGUCGAUCUGGGUUGCCAAUACGGACCCGCAUUUUGGCGGGUUCAUGCGAUACGAGCGUCGGAAUUGGGGGCAGGCCUUCGGGUUGGCGGAUUUACCGAAUGAGUGGUUAGUUGACGGGGAGUUGGAUGGGGAUGAGAGGUGUUUGGUUGGUGGGAGGCAGCGGGAAUUGAGGUUUUUGAGGACGUUGGAUGACGAGGAGUAUGAGAUGUUUAUGUUGUAA